AUGAGGUGCCGAGUGGCUGAUCCUGACACCUGUUACUCUUCCUCCCACCUUCUCCUCAGCCCUGCUUUACUGAACCGUCCACUCCCUUACACAAUAUCUUCACUGCCUCCAACACAGGACCUGUGUUCUGUGAUGGUUUCUAGCUUCAAAGGUUCUCUCAGUGGAAAUCACUGGAAGACAGCACAAGGCGGCCAGCUGCAGGAGGCCCAGGCCAUCUCUGUGCUCCACGAGAUGCUCCAGCAGAGCUUCAACCUCUUUCACACAGUGCACUCCUCUGCUGCCUGGGACACCACCCUCCUGGAGCAGCUCCGCACUGGACUCCAUCAGCAGCUGGACGACCUGGAUGCCUGCCUGGGGCAGGUGAUGGGAGAGGAAGACUCUGCCCUGGGAAGGAUGGGCCCCACACUGGCCGUGAAGAGGUACUUCCAGGGCAUCCAUGUCUACCUGCAAGAGAAGGAAUACAGCGCCUGCGCCUGGGAAAUCGUCAGACUGGAAAUCAUGAGAUCCUUCUCUUCAUCAACCAGCUUGCAAGAAAGGUUAAGUGUGAUGGAUGGAGACCAGAACUCACCUUGA